AUGAAGCUAAACGUGUCCUACCCAGCUACGGGCCGUCAAAAGCUCUUCAAAGAUAUAGCUGAACAUAGAACUCGUAUUUUCUAUGGGAAACGCAUGGGGCAAGUAGUGGAAGGCGAUUCAUUAGGCGAUGAAUGGAAGGGCUACGUUCUUAAAAUUACCGGAGGUAAUGAUAAACAAGGUUUUCCAAUGAAACAAGGCGUCCUUGCCAACUGUCGUGUUCGUUUGUUGCUGUCGGAGGGGCACUCCUGUUACAGACCCAAAAAACAAGGUGAACGUCGGAGGAAAACUGUUCGUGGUUGCAUCGUAGAUGACGAUUUAUCUGUGUUGGCUUUAGUGGUGGUCCGCAAGGGUGAACAAGAAAUCUCUGGCCUCACUGACACCACAAUUCCACGCAGACUUGGACCUAAGCGUGCUUCGAACAUCCGCAAACUCUUCAACUUGAGCAAGGAAGCUGACCUCACGCAAUACGUUUCAAAACGUCCCCUUGCUUUGAAGGAAGCUCCUUUGGAGGGAAGUCAAUUUAAGCAAAGAUACAAGUCUCCUAAAAUCCAGCGAUUGGUUACACCAGCUAGGUUGCAGAGAAAACGUCAUCGUUUGUCCUUAAUCAAGAAGAGGUGGUUUAAAAAUCUAGUGGAAGCAUACAGGUAUUACGAUUUGAAGCGAGCCCGCAUGCCCCAGCAAGAAGCAAGUGAUAGCAGUGAUAGAAGUGAUAGCAGUGAUAGCAUCACUAGUUUAUAUGACAGCGCUUGUGGUUCGUUUACCACAUCUCAUACUUCUACUAGUUUCGAGACUAGUUCUGAUAGUAUUUUUUGA